UUAUUUUUUUUGUUUGAAACCGUAUUCUUUCUUUUAUACUUGCUCCCAGGCAUUCAACGUUAUUCUGGCAGCUAAGUUCUGAUAUUGAAAAGUUUAACUAGUUGCAAUGUAAUUGUAAUCAACAAAAGCAUUUGAAAAAACAUAUUGUGUGAAAUAACGUGUAAUGAAAACGGGCACGAUAAGCCCUAGAAUUUGAUAGGAAGCAUCUAUUGAAAUCGCGAAUUGUGUUUGCAUAUUAUAUUGAAUAUACAUAUGUACAUACGAGAUGUAUGCAUAUUAUUGUUUUUACAUACAUAAUCAUAUAUAAUGUACAUGUAUCUAUGUAAUAUACGUAUAGCGAUAAUAUCGUAAAAUGUUGAGUGUUAAAAUUCCAUGAAAUAUUUCAGUAUGAAUAUCAAAGUUUAUAAAUAACCGUAUGCUUUUACAAAUGUAAUUACGCACGAGUACGCGUAGCUUUUGAGUGGGAUCAUUUAGUGUUUAAAUACGCAUAUGUACAUAAAAGAUUCUCCUUAAAUAUAUAUGUACACACAUAUUAAAAUAAAAAAAACUUAGCUCUACAUACAAAUGGGGAUAAGCUGACAGUAAUUAUGAAAUCCUCCACCACCUCUGAAACAGAUUGAUGAAUGUUUAUGAUGUGACGCGAAAUUUAUGACCGUACAUAAAAGGGAGCUCUUUCACGACCACAAUCACGUUGGUUCUUUACAUGCACACUAGUUAAGAGGAUGCAGUGGAGAGCACCAUAGAGAACACACGCUGAAAUACACAUGCGUACGUACAAGGGUACGGAUGCCUCUGUCAGAUCGCUUAACAAUUCUAAUAUGGAAGAAAAAACGAAAUCAGGACAUUUGUCAACAUUGCGACGCCCUGUAGCGGUGAUCAAAAAGAGAUCAGGCCCUUUGGAUGUUGCGAUUGACAAGCUUAGUAUAGCAGCGGAAAACGACUUGUUCACAUCAAAUGCAAGCAUACCUUCGGAUGUAUACUGUGAGCCAACUAAUUUGGCGAAUAAGAAUUUGGGAAGAGCUUCUCCUGCAUCUAGACGACGUCGUUGCAGCACUAAAGACAAAGAAAAAAAACGAGAGCGCUGGUUAUUAACUCGAAAGUCAUGGAGAUAUAUGACAGAUGCUGGACGCAAGCUUAUUCCGGAAGGAGCGCAGAGUGGAUCAGAUAAUAUUUCCUUAAUUGAGGCACAAUUUCAACGAGUUUGCGCCUCUGAGCCCCGCUUUAUAUUAUGGCGUCGAAAGACCUCAUAUCCAGGAGCAAUCAACAAUUCUAAGAGGCGGCUCAAACUAAUUUCUCGGCAUACAAGUACAAGUAGCAGUCGCUUUGGAGCGGAGGCAACAGAUCAACAUAAUAAUGUCGAUCAGACUAUUGAGCUAUUGCAGUCAUAUCUCAAAAUACGCGAUGCGUACAAAACAACAACCUUACUGGGAAGCAAAACAGUAAGACCCGAUAAAACUUCAUCACCAAGUGCACAGAGGCCAAUUAAUGAGAAUAUGUCAAAAACCAAUUAUUGUGAAAAGUCACUCGAAACGGAGCUCUUGUCUCGUUUAAAAUUAUUGUCCGAAACCCCCCUAUUGGAGCCUAUUGGGGGAGUACAAUUAAAAUUAGAUAAUAUACGACAAGAUAUUCUUGAAGAUAAAGUUAUUUUGAGGAAAAUAUACAACUCACUAAAAAAACAGCAACUUCAUCGAAUGCUACAUUCCAAAGAACCACAAAAACAUAAUAUUGGUCGUGCCUCUUCACUUUCAAGUCUAUUCAAAUUGAAUAGUUACCAAAGCAGCUCUAACAAAAGCUUUUCAAGUGGAGUGAAUAGAUUAAAUGAUUACCAUAGGUUCGAUAAGCUGAUAUAUCAGAACCCGACAAGCUUAGAAAAUUGUGAUACCAGAACAAAUCUGCGUGUGACCCCAGAUGAAUCUAGUUUGGAUCCCCGCAUCGAUCCUCUAGCAACUGAUCUGUGUCCCCUAAAAGGCAACAAAAAAAAUGAGAGGAUUGAAAGGAGUUUCAACACAUGCGGAACACAAACUAGUUUUAUACAGCUUAGCGAACUAAAACGCCUGGCUGAAGAAUUUGAGCAGACUUUACAGCAGUGCAAAGAUAGUUCUGCGCCAUCUCUCCUGGAUGAAGAGUUGGUAGAGAAACAUGGUACGCUUUCAGAUCGAAGAAAAAGCUCUAUUGAUAACGAAGAUAUUUCACAAUCUGUAAGUGACACCAUCAAGCGGUACUUAAGGAUGGCAAGAAAAAAAACUGUAAACGGUGCGGACGCAAGUAGAUUUAAGUCAAUUAACUACGAUAAAAAUUUACGAAACAUUAAAGCAAAGGGUGAAAUAAAUCCUCCUGGAAUGAAUGAAGGCUCGAACAAAGCUGUUCAAACACUAGAAGCUUGGCCGCUUAUAGCGUUGGAGUAUGUUCGUGGAAACGAGUGUUUCAGAACCUUGGAAAACGCCCACAUGGAAUGGAAGAAGGCGGAAGAUGAACGACUUAGAACAAAAUUAGAAUGGGAAAAAACUCAAAAGCAAAAUAUUAAGGAAAAUGUCCAGACUGCUAGCCCAACAUAUUCGACAUGCAUUUCAGCACCUACAUCUCCAAACAGUCAUACAAGACUGGAAAAAACUAUUAAAACAUCUACCGGCUUGCUGACUUCGAGCUCUCAAUUUCUUUCGAAUAUUUGGCACGGUCACAGCAAUCCCGGUAGCACAACUAAUUUAAUCACCCUAAACGACAAACAUGGAAAUAUAAAUAAUGCAAAUCGCAAUCUAAGAAAUGCAACAAGCAAUAUGCAAAAGUCCAAAUCGUUGUCUAACGUUGGGCAAUUUGUAACGAAAAAAAUUUUGAGAAGUCGUUCCAAAAGCCAAAAUAGACCUCAUUUACAUCAAGAGCUGUCUACAGUCUAUCAAAAAUGGUUUCCUUCGGAGAAUUUUGUAUGGAUCUCAGAAAACAAUGAAAAGUUUCAAAUUGUGGAGACUGUCCUUAUGAGUUUAUCGAAAACGGAAUCAGACUUUCUGAAGCAUUUUGCCUUGGAAAAAAUAAAGGAACUCAAUAUUGGGAAUAAUCUAGAUUUAGAUUUGGAAAAAAAAUCACACAAACGACGAAUUAUACCGAAGAAGAAGUCACUAACAACAAGUUUUUUUGAUAUUGGAAGAAAAUAUGAACACAACGGCCAGGAAGUAUUUUUUGGGACCUCUUUAGAAUGCUGCUUAUCAAGAUCCGCAGACUCUCAACGGAGCGAUGUCGUUGGGACCCGGGCUCGAUCGAAGCACUCCCUGAUGUCUGUGUUUCAAGGAAGUGGUAAUGGCACUGGAAGCAAUAUCAAGCUGAAUGAAAGUGUUCGGUCUUGUGAAAGUUUGCCGACCAAGUCUAUGGAGUGUGGAUAUAUCGAGACGUCGGAACGGUUUCGUGAUUCUUUGAUCAAUUUAAAUAAACCAUCCUCCUCCUUAUCUCAUUAUGAUAUGGAACAUAAUGAGUUAGAUUUCGAUAAAACUUUACACACUCCAUCGCAUUUAAACGUACCUAUAUUUAUCAUAAAUUGCAUCGAUUAUUUGGAAGACAAUGGGUUACAAAAAAUUGGAAUUUUUCGUGUCAGUACGUCUCGGAAGCGUGUUAAGCAAUUACGAGAGGAAUUUGACAAAAACUCUCAUAUGAGAAUUCCCGAUGAAACAAGUCCGCAUGAUGUUGCUACCCUACUUAAAGAAUUCCUUCGCGAUCUUCCAGAACCUCUGCUUUGCAGUAGACUCUACACAACAUUUUUAGAAACCCAAAGGAUUCGAAAUCGCCGCUUACAACUGGAGGGCAUUUCCCAUUUAAUAAAACUCCUCCCUAUUUCACAUAGAGAUACGCUGUAUGUCUUACUGCGGUUUCUGGCAAAAGUAGCGGCACAUAGUGAUGAUAUAUGUGACAGCGAUGGAAAUAUUGAGAUGAAUGGCAACAAAAUGGAUAGCAGUAAUCUAUCUACAGUUUUCGCUCCAAAUAUUUUGCGUGGUUCAGAUCAAGCAUCAGCAAGAGAUAGGGUGCAGGACCAUAUGAACGACGCAAUAAAUGUAGUCAGAACUAUGAUUGACCAUUACGAAGAAAUAUUUAAAAUAUCAGCAGACUUCCUUGACGUUAUUUAUUCACAUAUGUUAGAUGCAUGUCCAGACAUAUUGUACGGGUUAAUUUCAACCAAAAUUAAUGGAUCACAAUGGCAACUGAAUCAUUCAGAUGAGUCGUCAGUAGUUCAAAACAGUGACGCGGCAAGCUCUGCAGAUGAGGUUUUCGAGUCUUCGAGACAUACUAAACGGUAUGGCCAGUAUGUGGGUCAGUAUGAUAACGAAUCCGAAAAACGAAAAUCGGAAAAUCCUGUUAACGAAGAAGUGUUGCAAAAUGAUCCUGACACUUCUCAGAACGAUGCACAUAAGAACGAGCUGCCAGACGAAACUUUAAAAGUAUUUACUGCAAGUCUUAAAAUAUCGUUACCGGAGCAAUCAUUGUUAAAAUACAAGGAGUCCGUUAGAGAUAAUGAAUUAGCGGGCAAUAGGCCAUCUGAGCCCAGAUUGCCAGCAAGCAUAUCGAAUAUUGGUUGUGCAACAUUGAGUGCAAAGGCUGCAGAAUUCGAAAAAAAUCGUCCAUCCCAUGGAACCCAAGCUACAGAAUUAAGAAGGAAACCUCUAUACAAACGACAGCAGUUGAUAUCCAGCUCCAGAAAAAAAAACUAAAUGUAAUGCUCUGAUAUGGGAGAAUGUAGACUCCAAUCAGGUUAUUAGGAUUCUGGACUAUGAAGGAAGAACAAAUUACAUACUUAAGCAUUAUUAGCCUUUAAGUUUUUCCUUUAUAUAUUGUAAUAAUCUUAAAUAUAAGAAUGUUUUUUUAUUUUAACAAAAUAUACUCUUAAACUCUUAGCAAAAUUCUCUU